AUGCCCCAAAUCGAAAAAUUAAAACCUAAAAAACAUUUACCGGUGGCCAUUAAAACCACCAAAAAGAAACCUAAAACCAAACCUUCUCCCGUUGAAUACUAUAACUACUGUAAAACUAAGGCUCCCGCCCUCAAUCAACAACGCGAACAAGAACUGACUAAACUAAUCACUUCUUAUCGCCAAACCGGAAUUAGUUUAAAACUCUUAAAAGAAGUAACCCCCGGAGUUAAACCCUCCGACUUAAAAAGAAAGUUAAAAAGAAGUAAGUCUGCGGAUGAUAUCACUAACAUUCCUACUCCUCCACCACUUCCUGAUCAUCUACUCCACGACCAACUAAAAGAAAAACAAACCGAGCUUGAAAGUUUAAGAACUAAGUUAGCAACUGCUAACCAAGAACUAAAAGAAACUAAACAGCAAUUAGAUGACUCCUUAGCAGCCCGCACCAAGGCUUUAUCUGACUGA